ACCAUUAACAUCAUAAUUUCAUUCCUUGAUCCAAGUCUCAAUAUUUCUUCAGUCUUUCUUCAAAAACGCCUUAAUCAUGGCCGGAGGAAGAUCAAAGUCUAAGGCUUCCAAGAAGAAAAGCACCGCCGAACCCUCAAGUUCCGCGCCUCCUCCGUUCCCAUAUUUGGACAGAUCAUUUCUUGAGUUCGGGUCGGAGGAAGAACUAACACGCUUCCUCACUCACUUUGCCAAGCGCCCGAUCUCUCCACCUCGCGUGCUCCCGGAGUUGAUUCCCCAAAACAAAGGGUACCACGACCUCGACAACCAACUCCAAGCGUCGGGUUUGUGGCCAUUCGUCUCCAAGAGCCGCUCGAGCUUCAAUCCCGCCUUUGUCCGGGCUUUCUACUCCAAUCUCCGCCGUGACGGGGACACCAUUCGCAGCAGCAUCAAUCUCUACGACAUAGAGAUUGAUUUGCCUAACUUCGCUCGGGUCGCAGGGCUGCCCAUCCGCGGUGAUGACAUCGCAACCUAUGGUGGCGACGAUUGGAUCCUCAACAAUGAGGCGGUCGUCAUUCGUGAGCUUGGGAUCACCAACUUGAUCCGCCACAGCGGCGCACCGACGAUUCACUCGGCCCCACCAGACAAGCGCCUCCUCCUCUACAUCAUCACCCGGAUUCUCCGCCCCCGGGACAGCAGCCAUACCUCGCUCUUCAACGAGGACUUGAAGGCAAUUCAUGCCAUCAUCCACGGUGCCUCCAUCAAUUGGGCGAAAUUCGUGAUGAUCCACAUGGCGGAUUGCGCCUCCAUCGCCACUGAGUGGAGCUUGCCAUACGCCUUCCUCGUCAUGGACUUCAUCAUCUCCGCCAAAAUCUCCAUCGCCGGCCCGGAUACGAAGAUGACAAAGAUUUGGAUCAUCCAAGACAGCACCUUCCGGAAGAAGUCCGGUGACGGAACCGGCGCUGGACCGAGUCGUGCCCGUGCCCCUGCCCCUGCCUCUGCUCCCGCUAAGGCGUCCUUACAGUCCAUAGCCGAUACUCUGAAUCAGCUAACCCUCACAGUAGACGGCAUGGGGCAGUCAAUCGAGCGGAUGGACUGGACGCUGCAACGCCAACACCACGACAUGACGGCGUUCUUCCGCAGCGUCAACUACGUCCCGCCGCCCUUUGACAGCACCUUCCUCGGCCAAAACUAUGAAGGCGAGGACGAGGAGGAUAACUCCUAUGCACCAUCCUCCUCCCCCGACGAGGCCAACUUUGAAGAUGCGGUCGACGGCGAUCCCAUGGACGUCGAGGACGAUGAGGAUGACGACGAGGACGACGAUGCUUAGACUUCUCUUUUCUCUUCUUCCUAUGAUUGUGUUUCUUAUUUUUUUUUCUUCUUCCAUUCCGUUGUAUUCCGCAUUUCCCUUUUCAUGAAUAAAAGUUUACUUUUAUACUCCAAAGUUCACUUUUAAUUCUUUUUGUUAAUGUCAAAAGGGGGAAGAUAUCAAGGUUAUGCAUAAAUUGAGGGGGAAUUA